UUCCCUCUCUCCCAGUUCCCCCCCGGUUUCCUUACCUCCCUGCCCAGCACCGAGGAUUCCAUCCGCGACCUGAAGAAACUGAUCGCGGCACAAACUGGGACCCGCUGGGAUAAAAUCGUCCUGAAGAAGUGGUGA